AUGUAUUCCCACAGCUCUUCGACGGUGCCGAGCUCUACUGAACGUGUCUCUGUUGUCGAAGAUGAAGCCCGGUUCCUUCUGGAUGAGGCUGCUCUAGUGGACGCCCUCAAGAAGGGCCAGCGCUCUGCUACUGGGCUAGAUAUGCACUUUGAUGAGCCUCACGUUAACCGCGAACUGGGUUAG